GUAUAGGUAAUGCGAUUGAUAACUCGUGCGUGUCAUCAGCAUUGGUCCCCCCCAAAAAAAAAAAAACAAAUCUAGACCACAAUGCAGCCGCGCUACCUUAAACGGCUAUUAAAAAAAGUUACUCUAUUCGCAGUGACGCUAAUCGUUUUGACAGUGAUCACAAUCAAAGUAGUCGAACGACGCAUUAGUAGGCAACUGCCCAGUGAUUUAAGUGAAUCGGCGCUAGAGAGAAGUGUAAGUGAGCGUGGAAAAGAUGACAGUAGUGAGCGAGCUCAUCCACCGAUCUUCAAGGAAAAAGAGACAGAGAGAACGCCUCGUCGCCCUCGACCAGCGGUGGUAAAUGGGCGAACCUAUGUAAAGCCCAUACUGGAAGGUGAAUUGGACCUCACCCAAUUCUAUGACAUCAAUGUACCCUUCCGGCUGCCUGAACCAAAGGGACCCAAACGCGACUGGCAUGACCAUGCUGCCAUAGAAAUGGAAAUGAAUAGAGUGGGUUUGGGAGAACAUGGCAUGCCCUCCUACAUAACCGACCAAUCGAAGAAGGAGUUGGAACAUGAACUUUCUCUGGAAAAUGGUUUUAAUGCUUUGCUGUCCGAUUCGAUUUCGGUUAAUCGUUCCGUUCCAGAUGUUAGAAAAGAAGAAUGCCUCCAUAGAGAAUAUUUGCUGCAUUUGCCUACAACGAGUGUUGUCAUACCAUUCUACAAUGAAUACUUCAGCGUUCUAAUACGAACUAUCUACAGCAUCAAAAAUCGUACGCCUCCAGAGUUGUUACAUGAAAUUAUUAUAGUGGAUGAUUUCAGUGAUCGGGAGUAUUUGAAACAGCAGUUGGACGAUUAUGUGGCCAAUUACUUUGCGGGUUUGGUGAAGAUUGUACGUCUGGCAGAAAGAACUGGCCUAAUUGGAGCUCGUUUGGCUGGAGCUCGCCGUGCCACCGGAGAUGUUUUGGUCUUCUUUGACUCUCACAUUGAAUGCAAUGUCAAUUGGUUACCUCCCCUGCUAGAACCGAUAGCCAUGAACAAGAGAAUAUCUACAUGUCCCAUUGUGGAUGGUAUCGAUCAUGCCACAUUUGCGUACAACGGAGGCCAUCAGGAGGGUUCGCGUGGAGCAUUUGAUUGGAAUUUUAUUUAUAAGCAAAUGCCGGUAUUGCCCAUCGAUGCCGAAGACAAAACUCAGCCCUAUCGUAAUCCCAUAAUGAUGGGUGGACUUUUUGCCAUUGGGCGCGAAUUCUUUUGGGAACUGGGUGGCUAUGAUGAAGGUCUGGACAUUUGGGGAGCCGAACAAUAUGAAUUGAGCUUCAAAAUAUGGAUGUGUGGUGGUAUGCUGGUGGAUGUGCCAUGUUCGCGUGUGGCCCAUGUAUUCCGUGGCCCCAUGAGUGGAAGACCCAGUCCCAGAAAUUACAGUUUUGUGGCGAGAAAUCAUAAACGUGUUGCUGAGGUCUGGAUGGAUGAGUAUAAAUAUUACAUCUAUGAUCGUCUACCCGACACUGAAGCUGCUGAUCCUGGAGAUCUUAGCAAACAGUUGGCCAUACGCGAGCAUUUGAAGUGUAAAUCCUUCAAGUGGUACAUGGAGGAAAUAGCUCCCGAUCUACUUAAAGCUUAUCCUCCUGUUCUACCACCCGACUAUGCCUCGGGUGUAAUACAAAGUGUGGCUUUCCCCUCGUUCUGUGUAGAUACCUUGGGCAAUGGGGUCAAUGGAGGCAUUGGUCUCUUCAGCUGUGCCCCCAACAAAACUCAUCCGCAAGAAACACAAUUCUGGAGUUUGAGCUAUUUCAAAGAUAUACGAAAACACAGGGGCGAUGUUUGUUUGGAUGUCAGUGAUUCUGGUGAGAAUGCCACGAUUUGGAUGUGGUCAUGCCACAAUCAGGCUGGCAAUCAAUUUUGGUCCUACGACCAAGAGCAUCAGAUGAUAGUGCAUGGCAUCUAUCGGGCUUCCUGUUUGGAAGCCUUCGUUGAAGGCGAUACCAGAGCGGUUUACACAAAUCCCUGUGACAAACUAAAUCCUAGAAUGCGUUGGACAUUCGGCUGGUUAAAUCAGACGGCCAUGGAUAAUUUUUGGAGUGAUGUGGUUUAGAUUAGAAAACAUACUAAAUUGAUAUGGAAUUGCCAAAUUGUAGUUUUUUUUAACGUAAUAGCAAUU